AUGAGUGACAGUCAAGGGAAUUCACCUCGAGUGAUCUUUGUUGGAGAUUCUGGAGUUGGAAAGACAUCAAUCAUUCAUUAUAUGAAGUUUGGAAGCUUUGAUUCACAUUCGUUACCAACGGUAGGUGCUGGUUGGACAUCUAUGGAUUGCUAUUUCGAGAACAAAAAGAUCGAGUAUCAAUUGUGGGAUACAGCUGGCCAGGAAAUUUAUAGAAGUCUUGUUCCAAUUUAUUUCAAGAAUGCAAUCGGUGCAAUUAUUUGUUUUUCACUUACAGAUGCAAUUAGUUUUCAAUCUUUGCAAUCAUGGGUUGAUCAAUGCCUUUCAUAUACUGCUAAUCCAGUGAAAAUCUGA